AUGUUUUUGGAAGUCUUUCGGAAGCUUGAGAUCAACAUCCCCUUUGUAAAGGCCCUUGAGCAAAUGCCUCUUUAUGGCAAGUUCAUGAAGGAGUUGUUGAGAAACAAGAGGUAUUGGAAAGAAGUUGAGACAAUGGAGGCUUUGUGUGAUCUUGUAGCAAGCAUCAACCUUAUGCCAUUAUCAUUAAUGAGAAAGCUCCAAAUUGAUGAAGUAAAGCCUACCCCUAUUUGUCUCCAACUUGCUGACUACUUUAUCAAGUACCCUUUUGGAGUGGUGGAGAAUCUACUUGUGAAAGUAGGGUCUUUUAUCUUCCUUUCUAACUUUGUGAUAUUGAAUAUAGAAGAGGAUAAGAAUGCAUCCAUUAUUCUUGGAAGACCCUUCUUAGCCACAACAGGAGCCCUUAUAGAUGUUCAGAAGGGUGAAGUAACUCGGAGGGGUCAAUGA